AUGGCGGCAGAGCUGCACCUGACGCCAUCUGCCACAUGUUGGAUCCCAGACCUGUCGAAGAACCGGCUGACCGACGUCCCCUCAGAGGUCUGCCACCUGGUCGCCUUGGAGACACUAAACCUGUAUCACAACUGCAUCAGGACCAUCCCGGACAGCAUCAUCAGCCUGCAGUCACUCACCUCCUUAAACCUCAGUCGGAACCAGCUGGGCGCUCUGCCGGCGUGUCUGUGUGGUUUACCUCUGAGAGUCCUCAACGCCAGCAACAACAAGCUGGUGAGCCUGCCGGAGACCGUGGGACAGCUACACAGCCUCAUGGAGCUGGACAUCAGCUGCAACGAGAUCACGGCUCUUCCUCGACAUAUCGGCAGACUCAAAGCUUUACGAGAACUAAACGUGCGCCGAAACCUUCUCUGCGUCCUGCCUGAAGACCUGGCUGCCCUUCCUCUGGUGAAGUUUGACUUCUCCUGUAACAAAGUGUCGACCAUCCCUGUGUGCUACAGGAAGAUGAAACAGCUCCAGUCGCUCCAGUUAGAAAACAACCCACUGCAGAGUCCACCUGCACAGAUCUGUAUAAAGGGUAAAGUUCACAUAUUCAAGUAUCUGAGCAUCGAGGCGUGUCGCAGUGAGAAGAUGCCCGACUCUCUCUACCUGCCUGUCAUCGAGCGCCUCAGCCUAUCACGGCCCGCCACCGGCAGGUCAGUUUCUGUGGCAGCUUAAAUAUCACCCAGUGGGAAGGCGCCGUCUUCUCCAUCUCAUCUGCAGUAGUGCUGCAGUUGUUACCAUGAUGGAAAAUCUCUCCUCCGUCAUAGUUUGUACGAGUAUCCCAGCCUUUGUCAAACCAGUAAAACUUAAUGGGAACACUGUAGAAUACAGUUCUGGCACGUAGAAGACUAAUUGCCUCAUCAAUCUUUAAGCAUUCUGGCAAAUGAAACAAGAGCUCUGAUUCAAUUUUCCAAACAGUCUUCUG